AUGGUUCCAGCAGCAGGUUAUGUAACAGAUCUUUUUCGGCAGCAGCAAGAGGCUAUUAAUCGUCAAUGGGAAGCGAUGCAGCAGCAGCAGCAGGCAUUUAUGAAUCAGCAAGAGGAAAUGAUGCGUACCAUUAUGUCAUCGAUCCAGGUACAGGUACCGCCAAAUCCGGGGGUGAUUCUAGAUUCACUCGCUAACAACAUUAAGGAAUUUAGAUACGAUCCGGAAAACAACGUUACAUUCGCGGCGCGGUACAAACGCUACGAUGACUUGUUCGAAAAAGAUGCUAAUCGCCUUAACGAAGGUGCUAAAGUCCGUCUGCUCAUGCGGAAGAUGGGAAUGUCGGAAUACGAGCGUUAUGUGAGUUUUAUACUUCCAAAAUCGCCGAAGAAUCAUACAUUUGCGAAAACAGUGGCAAAACUUACUGCUUUAUUUGGUGCCGCUGAGUCCGUUAUUAGUCGCAGAUAUCGCUGCCUGCAGAUAGGAAAACAAUCCGGUGAAGAUUAUGUGACUUAUGCCUGUCGUAUUAAUAAGUCAUGCGUCGAGUUUGAACUAACUAAAUUAACUGAAGAACAGUUCAAAUGUUUAAUGUUCGUUUGUGGCCUGAAAUCCGAACGUGACGCUGAAGUAAGGACUAGGCUACUUACCCGGAUUGAAGAUCGGUGUGAUGUUACGCUAGAGCAACUAUCAGAGGAGUGUCAACGAUUGUUGAACUUGAGACACGAUACUGCCAUGAUUGAAAAUCCAGCAACCGUCAGUGUAUUGUCAUCAAGAAAAAAAUUUUGGAAACAUUCCAGCUAA